GUCUGGUCUCCCAAACGGUUUCUCAAGCGAAGACGGAAGUACACGGAAGUGAACCCUCUUGAACUUCUCGAACAGCUCCUCUGGCGCGUGGCGCGUGCGAGUUUGAUUUGUUUGGCUAACUUCGCUCGACGUCUGAAGCGUUUUUGCGUUUGUCCCCAUGUCAAAUAAAACUGUAAAACGUCCCGGGGUCGGGGUCGGAGUGCUGGUAACGGACUCGUCCCACCCUGGUUGUGUUCUCCUCGGAAAACGGAGAAGCGCGAUGGGUGAGGGAAAAUAUCAGCUCCCCGGCGGUCAUUUGGAGUUUGGAGAGACGUGGGAGGAAUGUGCUCACAGAGAGGUGCUGGAGGAAGCUGGGGUGCGUUUGGUGAACGUCCGCUUUGCGUCAGUGGUGAACUCCAUCAGACUGGAGGAGCAGUACCACUACGUCACUAUAUUCAUGCAAGGAGACCUGGACAGGAAGCAGUCAGGAGAGCCGGUGAACCUGGAGCCAGAGAAGAACGAGGGCUGGACAUGGACACGCUGGGAUGAGUUUCCUCCAGAGCAGCAGCUCUUCCUGCCGCUGGCCGGUCUGAGACAACAAGGCUUCCAUCCGUUCAGGAACACAUAAAACAAAGACUCAACCUCAACCUUGAAAGUGCAUG